GGCUCGAUGUCACCUUCACUUGCUAUCCAGCUCCUGCUACCCUAACAAUGGCAGUGGCUGGUGCCCCACCUGUUCUCCAGCUCCUGCCCCAACAAUGGCAGCUGAUUCUAGCCAUCCUCCUCGUCCCACUCGGCUUCCUCCUCCUUCGGGGAAGGUCGGGCUCCGGCCUGAAGCUCCCACCGGGCCCCAUGAGGCUGCCUUUCGUGGGCAACCUGCACCAGAUCGGGCCACUGCCGCACCGGAGCCUGGCUGCGCUGGCCCGGCGGCAUGGGCCUGUGAUGAUGCUGCGGCUGGGCAUGGUGCCGACGGUGGUGCUGACAUCGCCAGAGGCGGCCCGGGAAGCCCUCAAGACCAAGGAUGAUGACUGCAGCAGCCGUCCCCUGUCGGCAGGGCCAGGGCUGCUGUCCUACGGCUACAAGGACGUGGCCUUCUCGCCGUGGAGCGACUACGUCCGCGAGAUGCGCAAGUUGUUCAUCAUCGAGCUGCUCAGCAGGCGGCGCGUGCAGUCUGCCUACUACGCGAGGGAUGCACAGAUCGACAAGCUGAUUGAGACCCUCACCGUGGUGGGGCCGAACCCGGUACCCCUGGAGGCCCACAUCUUCGCCACCAUGGACCGGAUUGUGGGCUUGUUCGCGUUCGGCGAGAGCUACGCGGGGGAGCAGUUCAAGGGGCAGUUUGUGCCCUUACUCAACGCAACCAUGGACAUGUUGGGUAGCUUCUCUGCCCAAGACUUCUUCCCCAACGCCGUUGGCCGCCUCAUCGACCGCAUCACCGGCGUCAAAGCCCACCGCCAGAGGGUCUUUCGUCAGCUCGACCGCUUCUUUGAGCAUAUCAUCGAGCAGUGCGAUGGGAGAAAGGCCACCGGCGGCGGCGGAUCGGACCUGGUGCAGGAGCUGCUGGACAUCAUGAAAAGGCCCGCCGCCUCCGCUGCAGGAACCUUCACCAGAGAUCAUGUCAAGGCCAUUCUCAUGAACACAUUCAUUGGUAGCAUUGACACCACCACAGUGACCAUAACCUGGGCAAUGGCAGAGCUGAUCCGGAAACCAAGGGUUCUGCAAAGGGCACAACUUGAGAUUAGGACUGCCGCUGGAGGAGGCAGCAGAGUGCACCAAGCUGACAUGCCCAAAAUGAGCUACCUGAGGAUGGUGCUGUCCGAGACCCUACGGCUGCAUCCCCCAGCAACACUACUCGUACCGAGAGAGACGCUGCGGCCGAUCCAGGUGGCUGGCUACGACAUCCCAGCCAAGACCCAGGUCAUUGUCAAUGCGUGGGCCAUCAGCAGGGACCCUUCCGCGUGGAAGGACCCCGAGGAGUUUAACCCGGAGCGGUUCCAGGACACUGACGUGGACUUCAACGGCAGCCACUUCGAGUUCAUCCCCUUCGGCGCGGGCCGCCGGAUCUGCCCCGGGCUGGCCAUGGGGGUGGCAAACGCCGAGUACAUCCUUGCCAACUUGCUCUACUGCUUCAACUGGGCGCUGCCCAACGGGGUGAGCCGGGAGGGUGUGAACAUGGAGGAGGAAGGGGUGCUCACUUACCGGAAGAAGACCUCACUCAUGCUCGUGCCAACACCUUACCACCCAGCCCAGGAGAAAGAGGAGGAGUAUUAGUACUCACUUAUUUUUCUAUAUAUUCUGUUCCUCGUGCAUUAUCAUUUGUUGUUGUUGUUGUUGUUGUUGUUGUUGUUUAUUUUAAUAAAUCAAUAUGAAUAAAAUUCUCAAAUUCCGUUCCCCGUA